ACUUUUCACCGCCUUCCCCUGUCCAAUCCUCAAACUACUCCCCAGCACUUGCUCACUUGCUCCCCCCUGUUUCGCUUUGAUUUCUCAGUCCAUCUUCAAUUCCAACCAAAACCCAGUUCGACAAACAUGUCAAUCAUCCCAAUCAACGAGCGACGAAGCAGUGACGUCGAUCCCUGGGCUCUCGACCUCUGGGACCCAUUCCUAGAUUUCCCAUUAUUCCCUUCUUCACUCUCCAACGUUUUCCAUGAACUCAAUCCGGGUUUUCCCUCGGUGAAUUCCCGGCUCGAUUGGAGCGAGACCCGCAACGUCCACGUUCUUAAGGCAGCUCUUCCUGCGUUUGCCAACGAAGACGUGCUUGUUGAGCUUCAAGAAGACCGAGUGCUUCAGAUUAGCACAGACAGUGGUAGCUUCAUGACCAAGAUUAAGCUCCCCGAGAACGCCAAGAUUGAGGAGCUCAAGGCCUUUAUGAGCAAUGGGGUUGUUACUGUCACUGUUCCUAAGGGGGAGGCUGACAGGCCCAAUGUCAGAGCCAUUGAAAUUUCUGGCGAAGAUUAAGGUGAUAAGGUGAUUCCUUGGGUAGAAUAAGAUAUGGGUAAUAGAGUUUUAUGUAGAAUGUCAAUAAAGUUUGUGUCUUUAUGGAUUUAGAUUGUAUAUCUCGGUGUGAGUAUGUGUUGCUUAGAUGUGCUAUGUAAGUGUGAAAUUGUAGUAACAUGCGAAGAUUAAGAUCCAGUUCUGGGUGAAAUAAGAUUAGUCUGACACUGGUUGACGAAUGUGAGUAAAGUUUGUGUGGCGCCAGUUUGUAAUGCUUCAAUGAACUCUUAUAAUGUGAAAUUGGAUUUCUCUUCAA